UUGCCAGGGCAGAGAGAGGGAAGGAGACGCUGAGAGGGAGAGAGAGAGAGAGAGGGAGAAGGAGACGUUGGGUGACUUGGGUCAGAGCAGGUAGGUGCACUUUCAAUGCAGCUGCGUUUCCACCACCCUCUGCCAAAUUCGAAAUGGAUAGCCGUUGCCUGUAACAAAGUAACCUGUGGAGAGGAGCAUGAAUCCUCUGCAGCUGCGCCGAUUCUCAAUGUUAACCCAUUUCACGAAGAAAGAUGCUAAUUCUGUCCCUCUUGGUGUUUCUGGAAGAAGGAAUUCUUCUCCUCUUCCACUGCCCCAUCGCACGAUUCCUGAACUGAAAGGCCAGGAUCUCGACUUCGUGAAUGUCGCUCACAGCCAUCUCAUCCACACCGAUUGGGCUAAACUCAAUGUGUUAGCUUCCGGUUUAACCCCAUUUAGGAUCAAGCACAUCCUCUUGAAAAUUCAGAAAGACCAUGUCCUCUCUCUGGAAUUCUUUGAUUGGGUCAAACUCCAAAGACCCAAUUCGUACACGCUUGAAACCCAUUCCAUAAUCCUCCACAUUCUCACCAAGGCAAAGAGGUUUGCUAUCGCCGAAUCUCUUUUGAAGAAAACCGUCAUCCCGAAAACCAUCAAUUCUGCUUCCGAGCUAUUCGAUUCCGUACUCUACUCCUAUCGCUUGUGUGAUUCAUCUCCCCGUGUAUUCGAUUCACUCUUCAAAACAUACGCUCACAUGAAGAAGUUUAGGAAUGCUACGGACACAUUUCGUCGUAUGAAAGAGUACGGUUUUCUCCCAACCAUCGAAUCUUGCAAUGCGUAUAUGAGCUCUUUGCUCGAUUUGCAUAGGACAGAUAUCGUUCUAGCCUUUUAUAGAGAAAUGAGCCAUUGCCAAAUAUCUCCGAAUGUAUAUACUCUCAAUAUGGUUAUUUCCGCUCUUUGUAAAUCUGGAAAGCUCGAAAAGGCUAUAGAGAUGUUUAAGGAAAUGGAGAACAUGGGCUGUAGACCAACGGUUGCCACUUUCAAUACAUUGAUUGUUGGACAUAGUAACCAAGGGCUUCUGAGCUCGGCCAUGAAGCUUAAAACCACGAUGCCCAAGAACGGUUUGCACCCGAAUGUUGUUACAUAUAACAUACUUAUCCACGGAUUCUGCAAGGAAGGAAAAUUACAUGAUGCGAAUAAGCUAUUUAGUGAGAUGAAAGCCAUGGAUGUGAAGCCUAACACUGUUACUUACAAUACUUUGAUAAACGGAUACAGUCAAAUGAAUAAUAGUGAGAUGGGUUCUCGGCUUUAUGAGGAGAUGAUUAGGAAUGGGGUUGCUGUCGAUAUUCUGACAUAUAAUGCCUUGAUUUUGGGACUUUGUAAGGAGGGGAAGACAAAGAAGGCCUCAUCUCUGGUGAAAGAACUCAAUAGGCAGGAUCUAAUUCCUAAUGCCUCGACAUUUUCUGCUCUUAUUGGCGGGCAGUGCAAGAGGCAGAACUCUGAGCGUGCGUUUCAGCUUUAUAAGAGCAUGAAGAAGAACGGUUGUCAUCCAAACACGGACACUUUUAAGAUACUGAUAUCAACGUUCUCUAAGAAUGAGGAUUUUGGAGGAGCGGUUCAAGUCUUGUGGGAAAUGUUGGAGAGAUCAAUGGCUCCUGACGCAGCUGUGUUGACGGAGCUCUUUGAGGGCCUCUGUAGGCGUGGAAAAACUGACAUGGCCAUGCGGCUGUGCAUGGAGUUGGAGGGGAGACAUCUCUUGCCAGAUGGUUUUGAUAAAGUUAGUAUUAUUGGUUUUCAAUCUCAAACUGUUACAUGAACAAUUUUAUAAAUAUUUGUUUUCAAUCUUCAAAAAAUAUAUAUUUUUAUUUUCAA